UGGUUAUACAGAUCACAAUACAUAGCUAGAUUGGUUAUGUUCUUUUAGUAGAUAAGAAAGAAAGAAAAAACAGAAAAAGUUUCUUCUUCUUUUUUUGUAUGUAAGAUUAACCUUUGUUCUGCUGUAAUUUGAGGAUCAGGAAGUAGCUAGCAAGCACAAAGCAUGGCAGAGUUUGUGGUAUCAUUUGUUGUUGAGAGACUUGGGGACCUGCUGAUCGAGAAAGCCACCUUCUUACAUGGGGUCAAGCAAAACGUAGAGCAGAUCCGCGUCGAACUAAGGCGGAUGCAAUGCUUCUUGAAAGAUGCCGAUAAGAGGCAAGACGAAGAUGAUAGCAUUCGAAAUUGGGUUUCCGAGAUUAGAGAAGUUGCUUACGAUGCCGAGGAUGUCAUUGCGACUUUUACCAUCAAAAUUGCAACACCAAUUUCCAAUCCACUAAAAAGGUACGCUUGUUUUUUCGACCAAGCUUCAAACCUUAAUCAAGUUGGGUCUGAGAUUGAGGCCAUCAACGAUAGAAUCUCUGACCUUACUAGAAGUACGCAAACUUACGGCUUGAGUGUUGUAAGAGAUCAUCAGGGCUCGUCGAGUAUUGCGUUUGAGAUGCAAAGACAAUUGAGGUGGUCUUAUUCCCAUGUUAUUGACGACCAUAUCGUUGGUUUACAAGGAAACAUAAACGAACUAGUGGCGGAGCUCAUGAAUGAAGAAAAACACGGUCGAGUUGUGUCCAUUUGUGGGAUGGGCGGUCUGGGAAAGACCACUCUCGCCAAGGAAGUUUACCGCAAUGAUCGUGUUAGGCGUUAUUUUGAGGGUUCUGCGUGGGCUUAUAUAUCUCAACAAUGCAAACCAAGAGAUGUUUGGGAAGGCAUUCUGAUUAAACUAACCUCUCCGUCGAAAGAGGAGAGGGAUCAUAUUUUGAAAUUGAGAGACGAAGAGCUUGCAAAGAAGCUUUAUCAAGUUCAAAUGGAGAAGAAAUAUUUGGUGGUUCUUGAUGACAUUUGGUCGAUUGAGGCCUGGAAAAUUCUAAGUCCUGCCUUCCCAUCGUCGGGAAAAGGGUGCAGCAGAAUAUUGCUUACAACUCGUAAUAAAGAUUUAGCUUCCUUUGUAGACCGAAGCGGUCUUCAUGAACCGAGGAAUUUAACUGAAGAAGAGAGUUGGGAGUUGCUUCAGAAGAAGGCAUUUCCAAGAAAUGGUGAUCCAGAUUUUAUCAGGAGCAAGGAUAAGGAGCAGUUAGGGAGGGAAAUGGUCAAAAAGUGUGCUGGCUUGCCUUUGGCCAUUGUUGUGCUUGGAGGACUUUUGGCCACUAAAGAAACAGUGCACGAGUGGGAUAUUGUCCACAGAGAUAUUCUUUCGUAUCUCAAGCGAGCCAAAGGGGACGAGCAACACUCUACGGUACCUGAGGUUUUGGCUUUGAGCUAUCAUGAUUUGCCAUUUCAAUUAAAACCCUGUUUCCUUUAUUUGAGUCAUUUUCCGGAAGAUUUUGAAAUUCCGCGGAGAAAACUGGUUCAAUUAUGGAUUGCAGAAGGCAUUGUAUCGCCACAUCAUGACGCAGAGGGAGAUGAAACAAUAGAGGAUGUUGCAGAACGCUACUUGGGUUACUUGAUUAAUAGGUGCAUGGUUCAAGUUGGAACUCUCGGAUCAACCGGAAAAAUUAAAACUUGCCGCCUCCAUGAUCUUAUGCGUGACUUGUGCUUGUCGAAAGCAAAGCGGGAAAAUUUUCUCCAGAAUGUUCACUAUUCGGAUGAAGGUAUGAUGGUGGAUUCCUCUUCUUCUCGCAUGCUUUCUGAAGCAACAUCAACUGGUAAAACUCGCAGACUUGCUGUCUUCUUACCUUCACAUGUUGAUAAUCUUAUCCCGUCUAAAUACAAAGAAGAUUCCAGCCUCAGUCUCAGGUCACUUGUAUAUUUCCAUGCAAGCAAGUGUAGAUUGGUAAGUUGGCAGCUUACAAAAACAAUUUUUGAGUUCAAAAUGCUCAAAGUUCUCGAUCUUGAAGGUGUCAAGGGACCGUAUGAAAAGUUACCUAAAGAUAUCGGGGACUUGGUUCAGUUGCAGUUUCUAAGCUUGAAGAAAACACAUAUACAAGCAUUGCCAUCAUCCAUCGGUAAUUUGAUCCACUUGAAAACUUUAAAUUUGCAAACCAUAAGUAAAUUGAGUUGGGAUCCGACAGUGCAAAUUCCGAAUGUGAUCUGGAAGAUGGAAGGGCUAAGGCAUUUAUAUCUUCCCAAGUGGUGUGGCAAUGCAGUUGAUAAGCUGCAACUGGGAAAUCUCAUCAACUUGCAGACACUCGUAAACUUUCCUGCAAACAAAUGCGACGUUGAAGUUCUUCGCAAGUUGACCAAUCUCAGAAAAUUGGUGUUGAAUGAUCCAAAACAUUUCAAAAGUUUGGUGAAAAUUUUCGGUCCCCAAAGCAGAACGUUAAGCUGCCUCGAGUCUCUGUCCUUGACGAGUGAGACACUUUCGUUCCCUGAUGAGGUUGUUGAUGUUAGACAACUAAUGUUAAGUUGUCGCCGCCUACAAAAAUUGCACGUGGAAGGGCGGAUAGAGAAGCUGCCAGAAUACCAUCAGUUCCCUCCAAACCUUGCCAAGUUAACAUUGUGGGGCUCUAAACUUGAGGAAGAUCCAAUGCCAACACUGGAAAGACUGCCUAACUUGAGGAUUUUAAGCGGAUGGCAAAUGUUCGCUGGGAAGAAAAUGGUCUGCUCUAACCAAGGUUUCCCAAAACUCAAGUCUCUACUCCUCCGAGGGUUUUCUAAUUUAGAGGAUUGGACGAUGGAAGAAGGAGCCAUGCCUGGUCUUUGUCGUUUGGAAAUAUCGAGUUGCAUCAAACUGAAGACGAUUCCGGAUUCUCUGAGGUUUGUGAAAACACUUCAGGAAUUGGAGAUGUAUGGAUGCCUAUUCAAGGUCAACAUGGGAAGUGAAGGAGAGGAUUUUUACAAAGUGCAACAUGUACCGUCCGUUGUAAUCCGUAACUGAAGUUGAUUAGCUCGCAGGCAGCCUUUUCAGUUUUCGGCUUCUGCUAUGAUUAAGGCAACAGAGACUUGAUGGUAACCAUUGUCAAAUUCCACUUAAAACAUUUUCCUGGCCGAGACUGGAAACCAAGAAUAAUGAUAUUUAUGAUUUCAAGUGCAAGUAUUUUUUACAUUGUUCUCACUCUAACUUUCAACGAAGCCGGUAGUUGAUCUUCCGACAUGAUUUGUUCUCCACCUUCACCUUCCGACGAGGGCCUCAAUGAUUGUGAUUCUCUAAUGAUGUACUGAAGGGGCAUUUGUUUGGUUCAAGUCUCGACCGUUGACUUUGGUUGUUAAUGUAUUUUUGAAAUACUUGGUAUAAUUGAAAUACAUCAAUGUUGAAUUGUCAUGA